AUGAUGCAGGAAGACAAGAGCGUCGGGUACGCUCCGGCGGUUGAAGUCAUCGCGCAAGGGCCCGCUACCGGGGACGGGGACGUGCCUGAGUGUUUCGUAGUCCGUCAACGCUACGAGCGAUCUGGGAUCUACUUAAGCAGGAAGGAGGGCGACGGGGAGGAUGGCCACGCCGUCAAGUUCGUACAGGAUGCGGUGGAGUUGUUGAAAGCGAUGCCAGCUGACUGCGGAGUGACCAAAACCAAGAACGACCCGCGCACCGGGGCGGUUAUCAUGACCGUGGGGCAAAACUCGGACGGGUACUGGACCAACGACAGAAUGUGCAAGCAGAUUCCGGGGUUGAUCGCCAUCCACGAGCUGACGAGUGAGCCCCACCGCCCAAUGGUGAUGGUCUUCGACAACUCCACGGGGCACGCCGCGUACGAGGAAGGCGCACUGGUGGCUAGCCACAUCCAAAAGAAGCCGGGCGGGGGGCAGGUCAUUCUUGACGAUUUCCUCGACGAUCAGGGGAACCUUGUUCACGCCACAUUUCGCGAGGGCGAUACGGUUCUUUUCGACACGCACGUCUACGCCGCAAAGACGCCCGAGCAGCUGGAGGAGGAAGAGAGGGAGGCGGCGAAAAAGGAUCCAAAAUACAAGAGGCCCAAAAUCGGCAGCAGCCUUGGAGACUUCAAUGCGGGCGAAAAAGUACGGACUACCGGCCGUACCUCAGGCCUGAUCGGCCAGGCGAAAGGCGGACAGCAGCUGCUCAUGGAGAUGGGCUUGUGGGACGUUCCUGGCCAGGCUCCCAUUCGGGUUCUCGAGUGCAAAGCGUGCAAAGAGGAAAGGAAGGCAAUAAAGGCAGCAAUAACCGCGUUCAACCGCGGCGGAGAGGCACGGCAGCAGGCGUUGGAUGAUGCUGCGCGCGAAGACCAGGACGGUGGAGGAGACGGUGCCUCGCCAGAGGAGGGGACAGAAGGCGGGGCGGCUGGCAACCGUGUCGGCAUGAGGCGUCGCUGCUGCAUUAGGAAAGUUUUUGCAGAGCUCAAGGCGUUCAAGAUGGAGCUCAACAAGAUCGAAAAGAUGUUCAAGAAAGCGGGGCACAUCUGCAUAUUCUUGGCGAAGUAUCACCCAGAGCUCAACGCCAUCGAGCGGUACUGGGGAUACGCCAAGCACAUCCUUCGCCUCUCCUGCGAGUACUCUCUCCCGCAUAUGCUUGAGAUUCUGCCAGGCGCCUUGAGUGGCGUCCCGCUGGGGUUUGUUCGCGGGUGGAGCAGGGUGACGUGGCUGUAUCUCGAGGCCUACGACGAGGGAUUGGUGGACUACCUCGAGGUCCGCGACCUCAAGAAGUGGUUGAGCCACCGUUCCCCCACGGAGAGGGGUGACUCCGUGGUUCUGGCGAGGGCAGGGGCAGGGAAGACGGAGGAGGAGAAGAAGAAAGCAGAGGAGAAGGCGCUAGCAGCCGCGCAGGAGCUGCGUACUGAGUCGAUUAAGAGGGCGAAAAAGAAUUUCAAAUCGUUCAAGCAGAAAAGGGCGCUGCUCUCGCUGUGCGAAAAGCGCGAGCUGCGCCCGCGGUCGCGGUCGCCUUUAACUUUGAAGGAAGCGUUUAGGUUGUUGGUGAGAUUCCUAGGAAAAUAA